AUGCUUUUUGGUAAAACAGAAACACACUCUCAAACGGAAACGGAUUCAGAUACUGUAACAGAUACAGUAACGGACAAACAUAAUUGCCAUGUCGUGGUCAAUGCAGCACUUGACGAGAAAACACGUCAUUUGAAAGAUCAUUAUCACGAACAAAAUGGAAGAGUUCACAGCAAUUGGCGUGACAUCUUACUAUUGUUUUGUUUUGCACUUUUGGCAUUAGUUCCAACCUAUUUAUUGGUAAAAUUAAUUGCCGAAAGGAAAAUUAAAACAUUAAAAAUGUUACAAAGAUGGCUCAAAGGUUCAUCAAAUGUAUCAGGCGACAAAAUAGAGGCACCAUCAGUUAUUUUCACAGUUCCGAUGCCCCCAACAGGACCAUACGGACAACCAUAUUUACCAUUACUAUACAAAGCAACAAAUCUAUUCCAACAGCCACGAGUAAAUGAACGACAUGCAAAUGGACGACGAUCAAAUGAACGUGGUUACCGUUCAAAUAAUGAAGACGAAGAUCGUUAG